GAGAAAAGCACUUUAUGUCGAUUUUAUGGUGGGGCAAUCGUGCCAACAUAGGCAAUUCAUUAUGCAGAUUUGCUAUGCGGGUUGCCGAAGUAGGUCACUAAUCAAACUGUCAAAUGAAUUGGAACAUUUUUAAAAUCGGACAAAAAUCGCAAAAUAAGCAGGAUGGCUAGCAACAUCCCGGAUUUCUUCUACUCCUGCGAAAUCUGCGGCUUGGAAGGCUUAAGCGAAGACGAAUUUCGGACACACACACGCACUGCCCAUGUUGACGGAAAUGCCGUGUGCCCCUUUUGCGAGUUAUCGGCCGUUUCACCCGCUGAACUCAUCCUUCAUGUCAAUCAAGCCCAUUUGGACUAUCUCACCCCCGAAUCCGAGUCCAACAUGACUUUCAUUGAUGACGUCAGCCCCAGGUUUGCCCCUCACUGUAAUUCUGCAUAUUAUCUCAGUAGUGCUUUUUCCAGCGAAUACAACGGUAUCAAUGGGGAAUGUAGUGAUAAUUGGAACAUUCCGUCUUUGCCCAGCCAUAAUAAAACCAACAUUAAUAACAUCAACUUGUCCCCGAAAGUUAACGGAGGCGGCGAACUUAGUCCGAAAAAUUCCACCCACGGUCAGGGAUCCCCCUUGCGGUCUAGUCUGGCCUUGAAGUUGAAGAGUGCGACUCCGAAAAUGCAGUGUCCCAUGUGCAGCUACACGAGCUCCAGUCCAAACGAGCUCGAGGAGCACGUGAACAGGCGACAUUUUGAUGUGACUUCACCCUCGAUUGGGGGCACCACCAGUGAGAUUUUUUCCUGUCCUUUAUGCGUAAAGUCGUUCAAUUCGGCCCCCGAUUUGGAGCUUCACGUCAAUAUCGAGCACCGCGAUGUUCUCUCCCCGGCCAGUCCCCCCACACACUCGUGUCCCGUCUGUGGAAUUAAUCUAGACAACGCAAGCAAUAGUGAGAGCGCCGCUCGUCACGUAGAGAGUCACUUUCCGGCCACUUCGCCCCAACCUGCGGAAAGAGCAGCGUUGCGAGAGCGUGAACAACGCGAAUUCGAGAUGUUAAGGGCCCAAUACGGGAUGGAUAAUCAGGGUAACUUCAGGGAACAGUCCGUUACGAAUAUGCAGAGGGCAGUGUAUGCGGGCGAGAUGAGUGUCGCAGAUUAUUACGAACGUACGCUGGAUUUGAGGGCGGCUGAGAGUUGUGGGAUUGACGAUGGGAGCUCAAUCACGAGGAGUAUAGUACCGAGGGUCAGGGCGAUCAGUACCACCGCCCCCAAUGUGGUUCGUACGCUACUCUGUACCUGUGUUGAUCACUACGCUUCGUCCUAUGGCGACAGGGGAUGGGGCUGUGGCUAUAGGAACAUGCAGAUGUUGAUUUCGAGUCUGCUUACUCAUACUGGAUACAACGAGCGUCUGUACAAACUCUGGCAGGGCCAGAAGCCACCUCGCAGUUCCGUGCCGAGCAUAUCUCGCCUCCAAAGCCUCAUCGAGCAAGCCUGGUCUCAAGGUUUCGAUAUUCAGGGUUCCGAGCAGUUGGGUUGCCGUCUUGUCAACACCCGAAAAUGGAUCGGGGCCACCGAAGUUGUCACUCUUUUAUCAUUUCUCCGGAUCAAAUGUCAGUUGGUGGACUUUCAUCGGCCUACGGGUCCCGGCGGUACUCACCCCGAACUCUUCACCUGGGUUUUGAAAUAUUUCGAAAACAGUGUCGGGGGAGAGUUUGUCCCGCCUCUGUAUUUGCAACAUCAAGGUCACAGCCGGACCAUCAUGGGCAUUGAGGUGCACCGCGACGGCAGUUUGAUUCUUCUAGUGCUAGAUCCGAGCCAUUCCCCCCAACAGAUGGCGCAGUUUGGGGAUACUAACAGUUCGGCCGUGGCUUUGCGGCUUUUGAGGAAGAGUGAGGCGGCGAUGAAAGCGCGCCAGUAUCAGAUCGUGGCGGUGGUUGGAACUAUAGAUUCGGAACAGCAGUAUCAGCAAAGUAAAAUUCUGAGAGGUACGAGAAUACCGCAGGACCGGUGAGGUUAACCCGUCUCAUAACUUAAAAUUAUCAAUAUCUACUUUUCGCCACCUCUGCUGUUCAUAUAUUAAAAGGGAAUUUUUGAAAGUCUGCCCUGUGGCCGCUCUUUUGUUUUAUUUUUCAAUCAUCAUGGCCUCGAAACGUCAAUAAAGUAGAUAGGAUGAGCUUAGACCUGAUUUGUUUUUAGUUGGGGACUUUUUACGCUCCCCUAGAUUGAGUGAUUCUUGAACAAUAUUGAGAAAUUAUGGCAAAAGUGUUAAACUGUUAUAAAUGAUAACUAUUUUUGACCAAAAAGAUAAAAGUAUCAUUUUAGUCAAUUUUAUUAAAGUACACUGUUGUAGGAUUUUUGUCCUUAAAACGCUUGUUACUAUUGUUUGUGAUAUAUAUUAAGUUUUUUUAUUUAUUCGUAGUAGUAGGUUCAAUUUUGUCACUAUUGAAUUUUACCUCUAUUACACAAAUGUACAAAUCGAUUUAAAAAAUCAAGGUUUAUUAAAGAUUCA